ACAAAUCAAGGUUUCUCUUACCAGAUUUCUUCUCUUUAAAUGUGUUCUGCACACUGGUUCAUGACAUGAUCAAUCGAUGACCAUACGCCGCGGGAGGCUUUGAAAUUCUCCGCGCCUUCCGGUUUGUGCACAGCCUACCCAAUCCUUCUCGUACAUUUCCCUCUGGAAUAUCAGCUUCACCGGCCGGUGCUCCGAAUUGACACAAUGGCCGACAUUCAGAAAGAAACUGCGCCAGUCAGCGGGAGGGAAUUUCCCGGGAAGCAAAUUCCAAGCGAUCAAAAUGUCAGCUUUUCUUCUAGAAACCCUCAGCCUUUCCACGCUCCAGCCAACAUCCACGAAGUACUCGAUGACUACGACGACGAAUACACAGAAGGAAUGACUGUAUCCGCUAUAUCUGAUGAGGAUGCUCAAUCCCUCGUGGAGCCAUCGAUGAGUCGAAUGGCAACCCGCCUUAAGUCUCCCAGAACUCCCGCGUUAGAAAGAGCUGCGGCUAUGGAAGAGCUUGAGGGAGGGGGCUACUUCGACAGUGGGGAUGAGACACCUCCAGCAGCGGACGAGAACAAUCUUUACGAGUCACUACCAACAUCACACUCUACAGCGGUUAAUACGUCUGCGGAUACAAUACAGAGAGAAGCCACACCUAAACCAACAAAACCCAGUGAAGGAUUGUCAUUGGGGAGACUGCCAUCACCAAAGCUGGAAGAUGAUACCAUGCCUAUAACACCAUGGCAUGCUGGCCCAAAAACGCUAGCCGUGCAACGCCCAGAUGGACCUCCACAAUCGUCACUUCAAGGCGUCUUUGACACAGUCAGAACACGUUCUCUUUCUGGUGGAGCAGAAGCGCUGAAGAAGUUCCUGCCAAAAGGUCUACCAAAUUUGUUCGGCAAUUCCAGUACCAGUCACAAGCCAAAAUCUGUGUCACCGCAACGCAUGCCCAGGGAUGCCAGGAUCUCAAAUCCAAGUCAGUCGGGAGCUUCAUCAAACUCUGGAGGCUCUCCUCAAGGCGGGUCCUCACCUAAGUCUCGAGCAUUUGCACCUAUAGCUGCAUCACCGCCGGAUACGUUAAUACGCCAAAAUACAGGCGCAAGACCACACAGGCCAAAGGUUCUGCGUCGAAGUACUUCUGAUGAUUCUCUACUAUAUCACUCCCUAUCUAGGGCUUCGUCACUUGGCGACGAUACGAGAUUCGAAAAUCACCACGAGCAAGUGAAUUCACGUGUCAAGGCGAUUAGAGACUCUCUACAGGACAGAUCCAGUUUCCGGAUGCCUCAGAUGCCCAGUAUUUUACCAGCAGUGGUUACGAAGAGAAAACCAAAUGCCAUCGCGAAUCCAACGGUCACCCCGGGUAUGGUUGGAGCUGCGGUAUCACGACCAGAAGCAGCAGCUGAAACUGUGCGACCCGUUGCCGAAGGUCCGAAUUCGAGUUUCCUUGAUCGUGCUAUGGAGUCGCUGACUGGCGACAUUGUCAUUAUGGGAGGCUACAGAGGAUCAGUCCUUCGGUCUACUCAGACAAACCGACAGGUAUGGGUGCCAGUGAAAGUUGGUCUUAACAUUCGAAAGGUCGAUUUGGAGGUUGGCCUCGAACCAGAAGAUGAAGAGCGUAUGCCAGAAACCAUAUAUGCAUCUGGAAUGUUGCAAAAUAUCGGCCCUGUGGAUAUCAGUAAACGGCUAUUCAAGCGCCUUUCCGAGUGUGAAAAUGCUCGAAAUGGGAAGCUUCGUGUCUGGGACUAUGGCUACGAUUGGCGAUUAAGUCCACAUCUUCUAAGUCGAAAACUGACCGAGUUUCUUGAAAAGCUCCCCUCCAAUCAACCAGGUCAGGACGGAUCAUCAGGACCUCGUGGUGCUAUUGUUCUUGCACAUAGCUUGGGUGGUCUCAUUACACGACAUGUUGUGAAUCACAGACCAGAAUUGUUUUCUGGAGUGGUAUAUGCUGGAGUCCCUCAUGCUUGUGUCAAUAUUCUGGGCCCAUUAAGGAACGGCGAUGCUGUAUUGUUGAGUUCUCGCGUCUUGACAGCCCAAGUCAAUUUCACCCUACGGACGAGCUUCCUCCUUCUACCUGAAGACGGUCGUUGUUUCCUUGAUCUGCACACCAAGGAACAAUACCCUGUCGACUUUUUCGAUUUAGACAAUUGGAUCAAAUAUCGUUGGUCUCCAUGUACCGACCCACCGUUACCGCCACGGAACCAACCCACUGGAGGCCUAGGCAGCCUUCUCAAUAUGCCUGCAAGCUUGUUGAGUCUUCCUAUUCCCGGCAAGAAGUCUACUUCUGGCUCGUCAUCUCCACUGUCUUCAAGUUUUAGUGAGAAAAUGGACAAUUCACAGGCACAAUCACCUCCGACGAUGGCUACGCGCGCUGCGGAUGUCCUUCGCGCCGCGGAAGGUGGAACUGAUAGAACGUUGGCUCCUCAAAUGGGUAGCAGCUCUAAUCCGGUCAGUAAAGGACAGAGCACGAACCAGUCUAUAUCUACAGCAGUUACCAUCCCACGAGAGAAGGCUAUUGCAUACCUCAAGCGCACUCUCGCGGAAACCAAGAAAUUCAAGCAGGAACUGCACUUCAAGUCAGAACUUUCAGAAGAGAAUCGAUAUCCACCCUUGGCCUUGAUCUAUGGGAAAUCGAUACCAACUGUUUACGGCGCGAAAGUUGAUGGUCGAGAAGGUAUUCCGUGCUCUGACUCGUACGACAAUCUUGCAUUUGCCAGCGGAGAUGGGGUUUGCUUAGCCAAGGAAGCUAUGCUACCAGAAGGAUACAAAGCUGUAUACGGAGGACGAAUCUCGAGCGAUCGAGGACAUGUAACUUUACUGGGAGAUUUAAAUGCGGUAGGAAGAGCACUGGAAGCAAUUCUAAAAGGUAGGGCGAAGGGUAUUGGACUGGGAGUUGAUAGGAAGAUUGGUGCUUAAAGGGCGUUCGGUGUGUAAGAUGGCUUUGGACAGUGAGCGGAGGUGCCUUUUUUGCAUAGCGAGGGUGUUCUAGAGGAUUUAACGACUCACGUUUCACGAGAAUGUAUUCUAUGUUAAAUUAUUCAACGGUUCUAUUGCUCAAGUGGUGACGGCCGGCCAAUGAUUAUGAUGUUGAA